UUUGUUCUGUGAAUAGACAUCACAUACGUCCGUCGUCGAAUCUACCUCUACCUAGAUAAAUAUAUUUUGGGACAACGGUGUAACAUUGUUGUUAUGGUUUUGUGUUUAAAAUGAUGUUAUAUCAUCAUUAUUGGUGGAAAGGUACAACAAUUGUGAUCAGGUCAUCAUUAUUAUCAUCAUUAUUGAAGCUGAACAAAAACCAAUUACCGUGACGGACUACCAAUCUACCUAUACGGCCAGAGAGAGAGUAAGCGACGAAUUUCUACGACAAUUCUAUAUUUGCAAUUCGAUCAGAGUGUGUUCAGUAGAAUGAUGUUAGAGGUUUCAUAAAACCAUCCUCCUGGUUGUCUGUCUGUCCUGUUUGUGCUACUAAAGCUGCAGGGAUAUACAAUUGUUUUGUGUGUUGCUAAAAGGCUUUAUAUAUAUUCAUUCACAAUUACUUGGAAAUUACGUCACAUACAUAUAUACGUAUAUAUACACAUACACAAUGUUACUUAAUUAUAUUAGAAUGGUGCAAUGGAUACUCCAUUUUAUGCUACUAUUGAUGAUUGCAACUAUGGUGUUUUGUGUACCGGCUAUUGUGUCACCACCAGCUACAGAUCAAGAUCAAGAAUAUUGGUAUGCUCGUGCUCGAGAAGCAAUUGAAAGCCGAUUAAAAUACACAAGUGGUUUUCAAAAACAACAUGCAAAAAAUGUAAUAUUAUUUGUGGGUGAUGGAAUGGGUGUAGCUACUGCAACAGCAGCCCGAAUAUUACGUGGUCAACGCAUGGGUAAAUCAGGUGAAGAACAUGAAUUAGCAUGGGAUCGUUUUCCUACAGUGGCAUUAGCUAAAACAUUCAAUGCAGAUGCACAAAUUGGUGAAUCAUCAGCAUGUGCUACAGCAUUAAUGUGUGGUGUUAAAACGAAUUUCGAAACAGUGGGUCUUGAUGCUCGAGGUCGAUUUGAAAAUUGUUAUUCAAGUUUCACAUCACGAGUAACCAGCUUAAUUGAUUGGGCCCAACAAGCAGGAAAAUCAACGGGAAUUGUUACAAACACACGAAUAUCACAUGCAACGCCAGCAGCUUUAUAUGCACAUUCUCCUUCACGAUAUUGGGAAGAUGAUUCUAAAGUACCACCAGGAGCACGGAAAUCUUGUAAGGAUAUUACAAGACAGUUGAUUGAAAAUGAUCCUGGGCGAAAUAUUAACGUCCUAUUAGGUGGUGGCCGUCGUCAUUGGCUACCAAAAGUAGCACGUGAUCCUGAACAAACUGAAGAAGAAGGCAGACGUUUAGAUGGUCGUAAUAUGAUCGAUGAUUGGGUACGCGACAAGAAAAAACGUAAUUUAAAGGCAGAAUAUGUAUGGAAUAAAGGACAACUUGACCACAUCAAUUUACAUCAAAUUGACUAUUUACUUGGAUUGUUCGCUUAUUCACAUAUGGAUUUUGAAGCAGACCGUGAUCCAGGUCCCACUGGAGAUCCGUCACUAGCAGACAUGACACGAACUGCUAUAACAAUAUUGAAGAAAAACCCAAAGGGAUUCUUUUUGUUUGUUGAAGGUGGACGUAUUGAUCAUGCACAUCAUUAUAAUAAUGCAUAUCGCGCAUUAGAUGAAACAUUAGCAAUGGAAACAGCAUUAUUGGCAGCAAUGUCUAUGAUUAAUCCAUCCGAAACUUUGUUAGUGUUAACCGCAGAUCAUUCACAUGUGAUGACAAUGGGUGGUCAAGCAACACCACGUGGUCAACCAGUUUUAGGCCCAGAUAGUAAAAUAUCCGACGUCGAUGGUCAACUUUACUCUCUUCUGUUAUACGGCAACGGUCCAGGUUACAGUGUACCACGUUCAAUACCCGCCAAUAUAAGCACCAGUGAAGAACAACGAAAUUCUGUACAUGGUUCAGCUGUACCACGUCAAUGGGCUACACACGGGGGUGAAGAUGUACCCGUCUACGCUUUAGGUCCAUUAGCUACUACAUUAUUUACUGGUACAUUCGAUCAAAGUUACAUACCACAUGCCAUCGCAUACACUGCAUGUUUAGGUGAUUUUGCACAACGUUGCUCUGCUAGUAAUAAUCUUGAAUCGAAUUUGAUUGGUAACAAUACAAUUGAUGGUAAUCAAGCGUGUAAUGUUAAUCCCAGUGGAGGUAGCGGUGGAUCAGAAGCAGCUCCAGGUGCUCCAGUUGUCAAAGCAAGCAGUGUUAUGACCGAUGAUGUUGUACGAAAUCUUUCCUCAAGGCUAUUACAUUCAUCAUCACAGUUAACCAGCAAUAACAAGUUAAUGUUAUCCUUAUUAUUGAUGUCAAUUGUUAUACAUUUUACAGAAUCUAGUUCAAUAUUAUUGAAUUCAAAAUCAUCGAUAGUAUGUAUAUUACACAUACUUGUUAAUAUUGUCACGUGA